AGCUAUUUUAUCUGAUGAUUUUAAAUAUUUUCUUUUCGGUUGAGAGCAAGAAACAAUUUCCUUUUAGUAGGUGUGUCAAACGUUCGGCCUAUAUUUGGGUUUCAGUCGCUUUCGUAUGCAUUUCCGGUUCCGGUUGAGCAUGGCUCGGGUAGCUUCCCGGAAGCUCAUGGGAUCAAUUUUAUCCAUCACCUUUUCGUACUAAUGGAAGCAUUAGCAAGAGCAUUAACUUCAUCGUAAAUUGACAAUUCUCGAGUGUUGGCAUCGAUAUACAGGAACAUUUAGAAGAAAAUUGAUUUCUUUAUCGUUGUGGAAACGACUUUGUGGUUUCGGUGUAAAAUCUUCGGAGCCAUCAACUUUAUCGUCAAACACGGAUUGUUGCCAUUCGCAUCUGCUAGCAAGCCACUGGAAACUGUACAAAAGGCAUUUUACAGGAUCUACGCGUUAACAUAGAAAAUGCACCGGUCUUUAUUACUGAUCGUAUUGUUCAUCACCAUCAGCGCAUUCGUGACUACUUCAGGAUCUACAUUCUACUACACCAAAACUCCACCAAACCCUUCAUAUGCUGUCCUGGGGCAAGACCUUCGACUGCACUGGGAGUACUACUGCAGCGACCCGAGGUGUCCAGAGCUCUAUGCUGUCGUGUUCGGAGUUCCAGGAAGAUAUUUUGUCUUCAGAGAUAUACCCAGUGGCAGGAUAAACAUAUUUCCAUUCAGUGGUCAAAAUGAAACUAUAGACAAUCAGUACAAAGGCAGGGUCACACUACUGGAGAACAAUACAAUGGUGAUAUCGUCCUUUAAGCCUGUUGAUGCGGUGACAUACACUAGCAAGCUGUUGACACAUGAUGGAAAAAACAUUCAAGAAAGUUUGGUGGCCGUCAAGGUAGCUGUUGCACCAAAGCUGAACAAAUCCCCUCCAGACAAAAUUAUUAAAUUAAAAGAAGGUGACUCCAUCAGUUUGGAUUGCACUGCAUCAGGAACACCUGCUCCAAAAGUGACUUGGAGAAAGAAUGGACUCAUCCUUAGUAACCAGAGUAUUUACACCAUCACUAUAACAACCAGAUAUCAGUAUGGUAACUACACAUGUGAGGCCAGUAAUAUUGCUGGAAAAACAGCAUGGCAAGGUCAAGUUCAAAGCCAAGUCCUUCCAGAACCAGAAGAGAAUGUCACCACUAUCACAACAGUGUCUCCGCCAUCUGCCGGCAGCACUGUUAGCACAAGGCAGGAUAAACAGCCUCCUCCUUUGCUGAUGAUAGUUGGAUCAGUUGUUGGAUCAAUACUAGUACUGGCCAUUGUACUGGGAUUGUUCUUAUGUCUGCGGAGAAAAAAAGAGCAAGCAAGAAAGGAUGUUGAAAGAAACAAGCCAGCAAAGGAAGUCAAAGUCCACUACAACAGCGACGAGUGCGAAGCUUUGGUCAGCAGUAACGCCACUAGAGAGCAUGCGCACGAAGCCGCCGAAACACCAACGUUAUUGCCGUCUCACACUUACGAAACUACAAAUGACACGUGGAACACGACUUCAACAAGCGUCAACAGCGAGACGGCGAUUGGAUUGUACAGCGCCAUCGACAAUGGAGUGAAUGAUGACGUCAACCCGUAUGCAUCCGCUGACCAUAAUCCGGAGAUCACCACUUCAAAAGACUCAAUAUAUGCAUCUGCAGACAGUUUGGCCAGCGUACAGUCCACUCCUGGCUCUCACACGUAUGCGCAAGUGGACAAGACGAAGAAAAAGAAAAAGCGCAAGCCAGGGGAGCUCUUAUACGCAGAUCUGGAUCAUGACGACCAGCCAUCCUCCCCACAAGAGCAUUGUUCAUCGCCUACCCCAUACGCUGAUAUCCAGAUUCCCGAGAUAAGAGAAUACUACAAUGUCCCUCAAAUGAUGACAAAGAACAAGCAGGACAGCUUGUAUGACACAAUACAAAAUCCAGACGACGUGCAUGCAUAACAGACGAUGAAACAAACCCGGACGACGCCUACGUGUAAUAAAUCAGUUGUAUAGAACCCGGAUGAUAAACGCGUAAUAGAUCAAUUGUAUAGAACCCAUAUGGCACGCAUGCGUAAUAGAUCAAUUGUAUAGAACCCAGAUGGCGCGCACUCGUAAUAGAUCAGUUGUUUAGAACCCGGAUGACGCCAACGCGAAAUAGAUCAGUUGUUUAGAAUACGGAUGACGCACGCGUCAUAGAUCAGUUGUAUAGAACCCAGAUAAAGCGCAUGCGUGAUAGAUCAAUUGUAUAGAACCUGCAUGACACACGCGUCAUAGAUCAAUUGUAUAGAACCCGGAUGACCCACGCGUCAUAGAUCAAUUGUAUAGAACCCAGAUGGCGCGCAUGCGUAAUAGAUCAGUUGAUAGGACCCGGAUGACGCACGCGUCAUAGAUCAAUUUUAUAGAAUCCAGAUGGCGCGCAUGCGUGAUAGAUCAGUUGAUAGGACCCGUAUGACGCACGCAUCAUAGAUCAAUUGUAUAGAACUCGGAAGGCACGCAUGCGUGAUAGAUCAAUUUUAUGGGACCCAGAUGGCACACGCAAUACUGGGUAAACCUAAAACAAUCAGUUGUUCUGUCAAGACGACCGAAAAUGGUGCCUCGUGGGCAUAUAUUAAAAACUAGAAACUGACA